GUUGGUAAGAGGUUGUUCGGGGCGGGCGUGGGCGGUGAGAACCGUGCUUUUGCGUGCGCGUGGUACGCAACGCGCAGUAACCUAUCGGCCACCCACUCAGACCUAUUAUUGCGUCGUGAGAUGCGUAAUAUGUAUGUGACGCUGCUAAAUGCGGACGAUAAGGAAUAUUUGAAUUUGAAAAUUCAAACGCUGAAGAAUUUGGAGUUAUUUUUGAUGGAAGAGGAGUCGAAGAUGGUGAAGAAUAACGAUGAAUUUUGGUGGACACGCACGCACGCGAGCACGCUCGCGUGCGACAACUGA